AUGCUGCAGGAUUGCGCGGUGCUGUGGGGAGUUGGACGGCAGCUUGGCUUGUUCGAUGCGCCGUUGCCGGACGCAUCCCCCAUUACGCAGCUGGCGCGCAAGCAUCGGUUGUCGGAGGUGUCCGCGACGUAUGCCGCCGCUGCCGCGGCCGGCAGCUUCUUGGGCCGCCUCGCCUGGGGCGAAGAGCGCCUCGGGGGCAUCGCCGCAGCGCAGCGCCGCGGCGAAGUGGCCGUGCCCGUUCGGAAUAUCCGCGGCGGGUGCAUGGAGGCUUUGGAAGCCGUCCUGACGGUGGCGUCCAACGCCGCGCAGGAGCACAGUCCCGUCCCUCAGCCGGUCGAUGUGGAUCACAUGAUGCAGGUGCGUCACGAGGAGCGUCAAAGUUACGCCCUCGCCUCGCAGCUGGCAUCGGAUGGGCAUGCAGAUGGCUUGGCGGCAAAAGCAGAAAUGCUCUACUUCGGUCGCAGCGCGGUGCUUCCGGGAUCUGGGGCGGGUAGCCGCGCGGCGGCCGUCUUGGGCCUCCUCUUCGCUGCCUGGCUGCUUCCCAGCGCGUGCCGCCGCUGCCGCAGGGCGCCGGCCGCCACGGUGGCGCAGCGGACGGAGGUCGAGGCCCCGAGGAGCUGCGGAUGGCUUCGAUAUCUUUUGCUACUUCUGGCGGCAGCCGCGUGGCUCGCGUGGCCAGGGCCGGGAACUUCAGAUCUUGCAGACUUGGCCCCGGAUGCUGCCGAGGCCGACAGCCUCUUCCGCGAAGCGGCGGACGCCGGCCACUGGGGCGCGGCCUAUGCCUUGGCCAUGAUCAAGCUCGAUGGCGAGAACAAGAGCGAAGCGGAGCCCUACCUGACCCAAGUGGUGGAGUCGGACGCGGACGAAGCGGCGAGGGCCUUCGCCCAGUACUUCCGCCAUCGCUUUGGCCUGGGUGUUGCCAAGGAUCCCGCGAAAGCGGGGCUGUGGUUGCAGCAAGCGGCCGCCUUCGGCGAGAUCAGUGCCGUAACGCUGCUGGCGGAGCUGAACACCAGGGAGGAUGCAGAUGUGACGCUUCCCGGUGGUCGAAACCUCUCUGUGGCAUUGGGAUACUUUCGGCAGGUGGCGAGCGCAGGGCAGCUCCCGACUCGCUACAACAUUGGAGUUCUCCUCCUGCAGUCCUUGACCAAUGGCAGCGCUGCCACCAUACCGGAGAACCUGUCCCUGGCCGACUGCCACGAGAUCCGCGGAGAGUUCGCCGAAGUCGCCCGCGACUUGGAUCCCACUGUCCGGCUGCUCUUUGCGCUUGCCAUGAGGCCGGCAGAAGUUGGAGUGACGAAAGCGCACCGCAACGCUGCACUCUUCUGGGAGGAGCGCAUAGGUGCCUGGGACUCAGCGUCGACGGAGGCCAAGCCAACGGAACAGACACAGGACGCAGGGACGUGCAACGCAACCGAGGACGACGUCACAGUAGAGCUUGUGGCGGCAGGUCGCUUUUGCUGCAACGGCGGGCACGGGGAGGACGAGGCAUUUCAUGUGACAGUCUCUGCGAAGAAGCCUUCAGGCGUGGUGAAGUGCAGCAUGGAUCUCAGGGGAAAGCUGGUCUCAGGUGAGGAGCCCAGCUGUGCCUUUGCCACUGUCUAUGCCACGAGCUACUGCCAGCUCACCGACCGCUGCGACCGGCUCCUGGAAGCCGCGGACGCCUCGGCGCAGACCCUGCGCCUAGGAAGGCGAGGCUCGGAAGCAGCAGCCUGCAGGGCCAGCAGCGUGCGGAGUGCGGUGUGGGAGUGCUCUCCCUGGCAGGCGGAUGCUCCGGCGCGGCGGUGUGCAGCCCUGUACCGCUCGCGGGCUGCCGAGCACCCGGCUACAUUGGAGGCUCUUGCAAUGCCGGAGGGCAGCGCCAUCGCGCAGGCACUUCCUGAUGCGGCCGUGGCUGCAGCAGCUGCGGGACACCACUUGGAAUGGCUCGGAGAGUUCGGUGCGGCCCAUGCUUGGAACUGCGCCGCCGCCUCCAUGGGAGCUCCCGGGGCCCGCCUCCGCUGUGCUGCCUUGGAGGCGGAGGCUUGGGCCGGGCACCCGCGUAAUCUGACGAAGGCGCUGGCCCAUCUCAGCAGCAUCAGCGACCACGACAAGAUGCGGGGGGCAGACAUGGCAGUCUUUGGGACAGCCAGCCUCCUCCGCGGUCGCUUUCUGCUCGCUUUGGCCAGAAGCUGCACUUGGAGGGCUUGGCUGCCACCUCGCUGCGAUGAGCUGGAGACCGUGGCGGCCGACUGGGGGGGCACGGCGCCGACGCGGUCGGCAAUGGAAGCCUCGCUGCGGGUUGGUGUGCUUGUCCUUGCGGCGAUCAUGUCCUUCCUCGUUGGCUCAGGCAUCAUUGUGCUUCGACGCUUGAGCCGGAACUGCCGCCAGCAAGGAGAGGCUUCGUUUUCAUUCUUCGGAGCUCAGGAAGAUGGCUUUGUGAGCGGGGUUCGGCGUUACCCCAGCGCGCGCCUCGACUUCUGGCUCCUCGAGGGCUGCGACUUGGGAGAGCUCGUGGACAGCGAUGAAGGCCCCUGCCACCUCCUCGACUCGGUGGCGCAGGUGCCGGGGAGCCCGGAAUCCUGCGGUGGGGAGGCCUUCAUGAUGAACGGCACGCAGUAUCUCUUCAUGGGCGCCUGUUCUCAGCCCGAACAGUACGAGUCGAAACUGUACAAGUGGGAUGGAGCGAACCUUGAGGAGACCCAGCGCUUCAGCACCACCGACGUCCGUGGCAUAAGAUACUUCGAAAUCGGUACGACAUCGUACCUCGCCUUCACCGAGAGACAGCGGGCUUUCUCGCCGGUUUACCGGUGGAACGGUGUGGAAUUUACGGAAUAUCUGACAUUGGCGACCAGCGGAGCUACCGCUUUGGUGCACUUCGUGAUUGACGGCGUGCCCUACUUGGCCGUGAACAAGCAGCCGGCCAGCGUGAGCGUCUUCAUGUGGAACGGCAGUGCCUUCGAAGACUUUCAGGAAGUGCGAACCAAUUCCGACCCAAGAGCUGUGGCCUUCUUCGAAGUGGAUGGCUGGAAGUGCCUGGCGGUUGCUUGCCAUACUGGUGGAGGCGUACAUGUCCACAGAUGGACUGGCUCAUCCUUCGUACUGUGGCAAGAAAUGGAAGCCUUCUAUGCUGUGGACUUGGCCGCCAUCCACGUUGACGGCGCGCUUGUCCUGGCAGUCGCAGAGCAUACACAGGGGACAAGGAUCUACGCGAAGAAUAAUGGCACGGACUUCCAGCUUCUCCAGAGACUGGGUGUCGAAUUCACCCACGGCUGCCAUGCCUUCGUCGCAGGCGGUGUCCAGUACCUGGCCCUGGCCACGUCGAGCGGUAGACGGAACAAUGUGCUUGCCUGGACUGGCAACAACUUCGAGCGGGCGUUCUGCGUGCCGGACGGGAGGACGUACAGCUGGACCUCCUUCGGCAGCGAGGAGUCUCCUUAUCUGGUCCUGCUCAGGAAUCCUGGAACUGACCCUUCGGAGAUCUUCCAGAUUCCGGGCGCUGCCUGA